AUGGAAAAAUCAGAAGCCUGCAUCCAAGAGAUAGAACCAGCAUCAGAAGGUCGUAGAGACUCAAGGGAGAGAGACUGCGAUGCCGAGGACUGUCCAAAGAGGGACAACCUUCUCCUAGGGUCGCUUGCAAAGGAAACGCGAUGUAAGGAAGAUGAAGGAAGGACGAAACAUUCAAACCAAGACUUGCACACCGUAGAAGAUGAGACGCCGGCCCCAAAGAAUGACAACCACUGCGACGAAGAAGAGACGCUUUCCAAUCUGCGAAAUAGGAACAAGCACCUAGAAGAAACCAUAGACAACAACCAAAGUAAGAUCCUGGGAAGAGAACGCGCUAACGUAGAGACGCCAGCAGAAUUACUGGACGAAACCUCAAGAUCCGCCUGCAACGAAACCCCGAUGAUUAUUGAUGAUAGGACACCAAGAAGAAAAGACGAAAUGCCAAAAACAGAGAUAAUGGAUAACCACCCCAGCAAGACCAUAGAGAUGGGCACCGACAACAAAGCUCUGGCAACCAAGUAUGACGCGAAGGGCAAAGACGUAAACAAAAUUACGGAACCCGCCGGUGAUGAAACCUCAAUGAAUAAGAACAGUGGGCUAUCGAAUAAAGGAAGAGAAGGCAUGAAAAAAAUGACGAGCCUGGAAGAUGUGCCAUCCGGCGACCAAGGAGAUCUUAAUGAAAGAAUGUACCUUGAGCCGCAAAAGGAAAUUGUAAUAGUGGAUAACCAUACAAAAGAGGUUGAUAAAGUAGCCUCAACAGAUGAAGAAGCUGGAGGACGGAAGCUAACCCAUGCUAGGAUAUCGGUUGCCUAUGAUGCCGCAAAUCAGAACGAUAAGACGACGGAUGAACAAGAAAAGAGCGAGAGAGACGCAAAGAAAAGUCAAUACGAAAUCUUGGGGACAGACAAUACGACACUUGACCUUGUGGAUAUUGAAAACGGAAAUGGGAAACAUGACGCCUCACCAAUAAACUCUGAUGCGUCUAUGAAAAAAGAAUUUGAAGCUAGUAGAUACAAGCACACAAUGAGAGAACAAUGGAACAAAGAUGACGAAGCAUCCAUGACGUACCUAGUGGAAAAUGCGCCUAUAAAGGUGUUAAUGUAUGCGCCCACAAAAUGA